ACAUCUGCGUAUAUCUCUUCCCCUUGUAGAAUAUUUAAUUGGGAGCAUUGCAUUAUUAUUCUCUUUCAUAUUACUCUUCUCUCAAAUAGCACGGAGAGAAGAAAUGCCGCAGCGAUGGAAUAAACUUCCGUCUUCUACCCGUGCACCUAUACCUCCCCUUCUGUAUAGAUUCAUUGCCACCUCACAGGCCUAUGAGUUCUAUCUCACAGAUCUCACCUACAUAUGGUCUGAACGACUGAGUCACAAAGAGAUCCUGCAGAAAGCAGAAGACGCUGAGACAAGCAUCGACCCUAGUGAGGACGCUACCCAGUUUGACGUGUUCCUGCAGAAGAUCCGGGAUGCCCUUGAAGCAGUUGCAUCUAGCGGUGUAGACGUGGCAUCUAGCCGCGAGCCAAACUUGCUUGAAGUCACCACGACCACGCAGCUCCCACGCGGGCUGAAUCCGUUGAAGUGGACCUUCGUGCUUUCUUUGGAAAGCCCCGCUGAGUUCACCCGGCAUCUCCUUCUGCCUUUGCUGAAAAGUGAAGGGGAGCAUCAGAAACGCGAGAGAGAACUGCUGGGUCCACUAGCUGACAAGGACAAAAUUUUAUCCAAGAUCUUUGACAAGAUCGACGCUUCCCAGUUGGCGGACAUAUUCCCGGGCGUUGCUGGUCCUCGCGGUGCUAACCCUAGGAUAUCGGAUUUACUCAAACAUGUCAAAGGAGCUGCAAGGUUUGAUGAGGCUGAAUGGCGGAAGGAAAUCCCGUCCGGAGAGUUGGAUGCGAUGACUGCGGGAAGUAUUGUCGAUCAAACAUCCAAGUUUCUCGGGCUAGCUGCUUCCAAUGACCUCCAGUUUGCUGGGCAGCCAUGGUGGCAACGUCUGAGUGAAAAAAAGACCAGUUUCAGACAACUCUCACAAAAAGAACAGCCUCCAGUUCAAUCAAACCUGCCCACUGCUAAGAAGUUUGAGCAAGAAACCCUUGGCGUGGACGAUAGCACUGAGGACGAAGGUGAAUUUCAGCGCCAGAAAACCCCUCCUCACCUGAGACGUGAUAAUGCGACAACAAACGAGAAACCAAUCGAAGAUGAUCAUGCUAGUACCGAAUCAGAUGAAGAAGUCGAGCCUGUUUCCAAGAAGGAACGCAGCCCGCCUGGCCCUCAACAGAAGAAGCAGCAGGUGAAAGGGCUCGGUCGAAUAGGGGCAUCUCGAGUUACUACUCAAUUAUCUCGAAGCGAAUCACCUCCAUCACCAGCUUCUACUACUUCCACAGAUGCACCCAAGCUGUCUAAUAUCCCUCCCGCUGACGAAGAAACCGAAAGCGACUCUGUAUCUCCCUGGAGAGAAACACACCGCAUACCAUCCAGUGCAAAUGAAAAGCCUGUAAUGCCGAAACGAAAAGGCGGACUAGGAAAAAUAGGUGGCAAGAAACCAGAGCCCGUAACAGAGCCGCUAAGACACGAGUCUCCCCAACAAGCAAGCGCAAAAACAAUGCCUACCCAACCGCCCAAAAAGCUAGGUACUAUUGGAGCCAAAAAGAAACCCCCCAUUACCGGCCUGCCUCUACGAGAGACAAUCUCAGUGAAGGAAGGUAUAACUGCGUCAGAAGACGAGGGCGACGACUUGGACUCAGCGCCGAAAACUACACCAGCAAAGCUGAAACUCCAAAAAUCAUCAUUGCCGAGAUUCACAACUUCCAAAUCGCCUUCACCGAUACCAAAGAAGCUUCCAUCAAGUGAGCCCGAGGAAGAAUUGUCCGCACAGCAAAGGGCAGAUAAGAAACGUGAAGAAUUGAAGAGACAGUUGGAUGCAAGAAGUAAGGCACCUCAAAAGAAGAAGAGAAAGUUUUGAUUAGUGUUUCUUCGAGACUUAGCAAGAGUUUUAGCCGAGAAGUAGUCAACAUCUUCUAGGUUUUAUUUUUUGUUUUUUGGUUUUCUUGCUUGUGCGUGAUACCCAGAUAUUUGAUACGUAUUCAAAUGUUGAUCCAGUAGAGAUCAAUUGUCCACUGGUGUUGAACGUGGGCUAAUCAACUGUUGAUAUGCAAUGUUCAAGAUAUAAUAUUUACAGGCUACAUCAAUUGAUGUAGAUAAGUGCACAUUUAUGCUACCGAAAAUUGCCAACAGGUUCUAAGAGGGAUUUCUGGGGUCUAAGUGACCAU